UUGCUAUUUUACCCACUUUGCAACCCUCCUAAUUGGUAGCACUGGUCCUCACCCCUCACGCACGAGUACUUGUUAUCGGCCCGCUCCAGCUGCCAAUCGCGCGAGUUGCCACUCCUUUUGUCCGACGACAUUUGUGGUUUCCCAAUACUGCCGCGCCGCACAUAACAAUUUUAAGCAUAUUUCUCGCGAAUAUCUGUGUGGUAUAUUCACUUGCAAUAUGCAAACGCAUAAAACAAUUAAAUAACGCACAAUCCACAUCUACAUUAGCGUCCAGCUGUCAAGCGGGGGAAACAAACGUAACAGCAGCGAAAGUUGAAGCUAUCGUUUCUUUGGUCUAUUUAUAUUGCAAUUACAAAACUUACCAGUGAAAGAGCGACCGACACGGUGCGACCUUGGUGUUAUUGUUGUUGUUGCAAACAAUAUGCAAAGCAACUCUACGAAAACCAAGGAAAUGUUUAUUGUGCGUGCUCUAGAGAAAAUCCUUGCGGAUAAGGACAUAAAGCGAUCACAUCACUCGCAGCUGAAGAAAUCAUGCGACACAGCACUCGAACAAAUUAAAGCAGAGCUCAUUAGUGCUGGCCAGAUAGCGGAGGGCAAUGAGUUGCCAUGCGCCGCCCUGCCGUUGCCCAAAAACGAUGCGGCUAGCAUUAUAAAUGCGGAAACGUAUUUCCUGCCAUUUGAGUUGGCCUGUAAAAGUCGUUCGCCACGCAUUGUUGUCACUGCUUUGGAUUGUCUGCAAAAGCUGAUAGCCUACGGUCAUUUGACAGGCGCUAUACAGGACUCGGCCAAUCCGGGGCAUUUGCUCAUUGACCGCAUUGUUAUCACCAUAUACGGCUGUUUUAAUGGCCCACAAACGGACGAGGGUGUGCAGCUGCAGAUAAUAAAAGCUCUGCUUACUGUCGUCACAUCGCAGCAUGUGGAAAUACAUGAGUUUACGCUUCUGCAGGCAGUUCGAACUUGCUAUGACAUUUAUUUGAGCAGCAAGAAUCUGGUGAAUCAGACGACGGCGCGUGCGACGCUGACUCAAAUGCUAAAUGUGAUCUUUGCACGCAUGGAGAACCAAGUCUAUGAGGUGGCUGUGCCGGCAACGCAGGUAGAGAGCACAGCGGGAACGACGGGGACGGCAUUGAAUGGUAGCAUCAGCUCAGAAUGUAGCAAUGGAAAUGGUGGCGAGGAGCCUCCAUCACCGCCAGCGGAUAGUGAUGAAGUUAUUGCCUCAGAGCUGCUGGCAGAGAUCAUAACAGCUGCCUAUAACGAAGCGAUGAAAGAUCUGUCCGAUUCUGAAUCGCCAGCGGAUGCAACCAAUGGAAAUCCAAAUGCCCAUAGCAAUGGCAAUCCGUUUACCGAAUCAUCAAACUCUGAUCCUGACAGCGUGGAGCUGCACAGCGAGAAUGAUUCCGUCGUGACAGCAAAAUUCACGCAUAUUCUACAAAAGGAUGCAUUUCUUGUGUUUCGCGCGCUGUGCAAGCUGUCUAUGAAGCCGCUACCCGAGGGGCAUCCCGAUCCCAAAUCGCAUGAGUUGCGCUCCAAGGUGCUGUCACUGCACUUGCUUCUGCUCAUAUUGCAGAAUGCUGGGCCUGUUUUUCGCUCAAAUGAGAUGUUCAUCAUGGCCAUUAAACAAUAUUUGUGCGUGGCAUUGUCCAAUAAUGGCGUGAGUCUAGUGCCGGAAGUGUUUGAGCUGUCACUGUCCAUAUUUGUGGCACUGUUGUCUAACUUCAAGGUGCACUUGAAGCGUCAAAUUGAGGUGUUCUUCAAGGAGAUCUUCCUAAACAUACUGGAGGCCAGCUCGAGCAGCUUUGAACACAAGUGGAUGGUCAUACAGGCGCUGACGCGCAUCUGUGCCGAUGCCCAAUCUGUGGUGGAUAUUUAUGUUAAUUAUGAUUGUGAUUUUUCGGCCGCGAACCUCUUCGAGCGUCUGGUCAAUGAUUUGUCGAAAAUUGCGCAAGGCAGGCAGGCCUUAGAGCUAGGCGCGAAUCCCAUGCAGGAAAAAUCGAUGCGAAUACGCGGUCUGGAGUGUCUUGUGUCCAUUCUCAAGUGUAUGGUAGAAUGGAGCAAGGAUUUGUAUGUGAACCCCAAUAUGCCGACGCCGGCACAAGUGAUAACAUCGCCUACGGACCCGCCGCCUGCUGAUAAUGUGGACAAUUUGUCGGCGCACAACUCGAGCUUGCGCUCUACGCACGGCGGCUCUAGUCACAGCCUUAACUCUUAUGGGAGUGUGAAGAACAAUGAGGUACUGGAUCUGCCGGAGGCACUGGAGGAGCGUAAAAUGCGCAAAGAGGUGAUGGAAACAGGCAUUGAGCUCUUCAACCGCAAACCGAAGAAGGGAGUGCAAUUUCUGCAGGAGAAACAGCUGCUAGGACCCAGCUGCCAGGACAUUGCCAAGUGGCUGCACGAAGACGAGCGUCUGGACAAGACAGUAAUUGGCAAUUACUUGGGCGAGAAUGACGAUCACUCUAAGGAGGUAAUGUGCACGUACAUUGACAUCUUUGACUUUCGUCAACUGGAAGUUGUGGCCGCCUUACGCAUUUUACUUGAGGAGUUUCGUUUGCCGGGCGAGGCGCAGAAGAUCGAUCGUCUGAUGGAGAAAUUCGCCAGUCGAUAUUGUGAAUGCAAUCCGCAGAAUCAGUUGUUCCAAAGUGCAGAUACCGUUUACGUGCUGGCGUUCAGCAUUAUUAUGCUGACCACUGAUCUGCAUUCGCCACAGGUGAAGCAUAAAAUGACCAAAGAGCAAUAUAUAAAAAUGAAUCGCGGCAUCAGCGACAGCAAAGAUGAUCUGCCUGAGGAGUACUUGUCGUCCAUUUAUGAUGAAAUAGCCGAGCACGAAAUUAAAAUGAAAAACAAUACCACUGUGGUGGUAGCCAAGCCGGCAGGCAAGCAGCCGUUCAUUACCGAGAAACGCAGAAAGCUGCUGUGGAAUCUGGAAAUGGAGACCAUCUCGACGACGGCCACUAAUUUAAUGCAAUCGGUGUCGCAUGUGAAGUCCCCCUUCACAUCGGCCAAGCAUUUGGAGCAUGUGAGGCCGAUGUUCAAAAUAGCUUGGACACCCUUUCUGGCUGCCUUCUCCGUAGGGCUGCAAGUGUGCGAUGACCCCGAAAUUGCAACGCUCUGUCUAGAUGGCAUUCGCUGUGCCAUACGCAUUGCCUGCAUCUUUCACAUGUCACUCGAACGCGAUGCUUAUGUGCAGGCAUUGGCGCGUUUUACGCUCCUCAAUGCCAAUUCCCCCAUAAAUGAAAUGAAGCCGAAGAACAUUGAUACGAUCAAGACACUCAUUAUGGUUGCACAUACCGAUGGCAACUAUUUGGGCACCAGCUGGCUAGACAUUGUCAAAUGCAUUAGUCAACUGGAGUUGGCGCAGCUGAUUGGCACUGGUGUGCGUCCGCAAUUUCUUUCGGGUGCCCAGACCACGCUCAAGGACUCACUGAAUCCCAGCGCCAAAGAACACAUUGGGGAGACGAGCAGUCAGAGUGUUGUGGUCGCUGUUGAUCGCAUCUUCACAGGCUCCAUGCGUCUGGAUGGUGAUGCCAUUGUCGAUUUCGUCAAGGCUCUGUGUCAGGUGUCAGUGGAUGAGCUCCAGCAGCCGCAACCGCGCAUGUUUUCGUUGCAGAAAAUCGUCGAGAUUAGUUACUACAACAUGGAGCGUAUACGCUUGCAAUGGUCCCGCAUUUGGCAAGUGCUGGGAGAACAUUUUAAUACUGUGGGCUGCAACAACAAUGAGGAAAUUGCGUUCUUUGCUUUGGACUCGUUGCGUCAGCUGUCGAUGAAGUUUAUGGAGAAGGGAGAGUUCAGCAAUUUCCGCUUUCAAAAGGACUUUCUGCGUCCCUUCGAGCAUAUCAUGAAGAAGAACGACUCACCCGCCAUUAGGGACAUGGUGGUGCGGUGUAUUGCCCAAAUGGUCAAUUCCCAGGCGCACAAUAUACGCUCUGGAUGGAAGAAUAUAUUCUCCAUUUUCCAUUUGGCUGCUGGCGAUCAUGAGGAGCCGAUUGUGGAACUGGCCUUUCAGACCACAGGAAAAAUCAUUGGUGAACUUUAUCGUCGCCAGUUUGCUGUGAUGGUCGAUUCUUUUCAGGAUGCUGUUAAAUGCCUGUCGGAGUUCGCCUGCAAUGCGCGGUUUCCGGACACCAGCAUGGAGGCCAUACGUCUAGUGCGGAAUUGUGCACAAUGCGUACACGACAGUCCGCAGCUGUUCGCGGAGCAUGCGGGCAUGGAGAACGAUGCUUCAGUAGCGGAGGAGGAUCGUGUUUGGGUGCGUGGGUGGUUCCCCAUGCUCUUCUCGUUGUCCUGCGUCGUCAAUCGCUGCAAGCUGGACGUGCGGACCCGUGGCCUUACAGUGCUGUUCGAGAUUGUAAAGACUCACGGCGAUAGCUUCAAACCCAACUGGUGGAAGGAUCUAUUCAAUGUGAUCUUUCGCAUAUUCGACAAUAUGAAGCUGCCGGAGCAUCUCACCGAGAAGUCCGAAUGGAUGACUACGACCUGCAAUCACGCGCUGUACGCCAUCAUUGACGUCUUCACGCAGUACUUUGAUGUGCUCGGCCAUUUACUGCUGGAGGAGUUGUUCGCUCAGCUUCAUUGGUGCGUGCAACAGAGCAACGAGCAGCUGGCCCGCUCCGGCACCAAUUGUCUGGAGAAUCUGGUUAUCUCAAAUGGCUUCAAGUUCAAUGAGGUAACGUGGGACAAAACCUGUCAGUGCAUACUCGACAUAUUCAAUGCCACGCUGCCAAAGGAGCUGCUCACCUGGCGGCCUAGCAAGAACGAGCAGCACCAGGCACAGCAGGAGGCUCUGCAGCAACACCAGCUAUCUCAGGGUCAGUUGCAACACUCCCGACGUGCUUCCGCCUCCCAACAUUCCAAUGUGUCAGAGUCCACUCAACUGGCGUUGGCACCGCCCCACCACGCCCACUUCGAGGCAUUGCAAAUCAAGUGUGUGGUCCAACUGGAGCUCAUACAGACGAUGGACAAUAUUGUCUUCUUUCCGGCCACUUCGCGCAAGGAGGAUGCAGAGACGCUUGCGCAGGCAGCUGCUGAUUUGACGGGCAGUCGCGGCUCCUCGCAGUCCCAAAUGCUGGACUGCCAACGCGAGGAGCAGGGCAUGUAUGGCUAUCUGCGGACAAGGCAACUCUUUACCCUGGCCGACUGCCUCAUGCAAUCCCAUCGCUUUGCCAAGCGCUUCAAUGCCGACCAGGAGCAGCGAAACGUAUUGUGGCGUGCCGGCUUCAAGGGCUCCGUUAAGCCCAAUCUCCUCAAGCAGGAGACGGCUUCCUUGGCCUGUGUGCUGCGCAUCUUCUUCAAAAUGUACGGUGAUGAGAACCGGCGUAGCGACUGGCCAGGCAUUGAGAAGGAAUUGGUGCAGGUCUGCAAAGAGGCGUUGGCAUAUUUCCUGAGCAUGCAGAGUGAGGCGCAUCGCGAUGCCUGGACCUCGUUGCUGCUCUUAAUACUGACGCGACUGCUCAAAAUGUCCGAUGCACGGUUUGCAACGCACGUAUCCAGCUAUUAUAAUCUGCUCUGCGAGAUGAUGUGCUUCGAUCUGAAGCUCGAACUGAGAAGUGUCCUUAGACGUGUAUUUAUGCGCAUCGGUCCAGUAUUUAAUAUUAUGAACGUGAACGUCAAUGCGAGUGUUAAAUAGUCGAGACUCGCGUGUGGCUAUCAACCCGCCUCCUCUCUCCUGACGUCCUAACAUCUCUCAGACAACUGUAAAUCGUCAGCGUUCCAUAAAAUGAAAAGGACUCGCCCAUCUGUUGGUCAUGUUCAUCAUCAUAUUAUUGUUAGUUAAGUCUAAAAUGUAGUUGCAAGCUUUUGCAAGCCACUUCGCACUCCCUGCAGCCCUCAUCUAACCAUAUACUAUAUGUUGCUAUUUUGUUAUGUCGUUUUGAUUUAUUUCCCCCACGUUGGCCUUUGUGAGCAGAGUCUUAUGUAUUUUUAUUACAUUUAUAUUACAUUACAUGCGAUUUAUGUAGAACCUUUGUGGGUUAAACAAAA